AUGGGGGCGUCGGUGUUUUUCGGCUGCUCCUUCAUCGCCUUCGGGCCGGCGCUGGCGCUCUGCCUUCUGACUGUGGCCGGGGACCCCCUGCGCGUCAUUAUCCUCGUGGCAGGGGCCUUCUUUUGGUUGGUCUCCCUUCUCUUGGCUUCCCUGGUCUGGAUCAUUUCCAUUCACCUGAGUGACCAGGAGAACAAGCGGCUGCAGCAUCUCCUGCUGAUGUUUGGGGCAACGGUGUCUGUCUUGCUGCAGGAAGCCUUCCGUUUUGCUCACUUCAAGCUCCUCAAGAAAGCUGAUCAAGGGCUUGUAACCAUAAGUGAAGAUGGGCGAUCACCCCUUUCGACCAAACAAAUGGCCUAUGUGUCAGGCCUCUCCUUUGGAAUCAUCAGCGGCGUCUUCUCCGCCAUUAACAUCCUUGCAGAUUCCAUUGGUCCCGGCACAGUUGGCAUCCACGGGGAUUCGCCCUAUUACUUCAUUGCUUCAGCUUUCCUGACCAUGGCCCUGGUUUUCUUACACACGUUCUGGGGGGUCGUUUUCUUUGAUGCCUGUGAGAGGAGGCGCUACUGGAAGCUGGCCCUGGUGGUUGUCAGCCACUUGGUGAUAUCUGGGCUGACAUUCCUGAACCCAUACUAUGAAGCAAGCCUUAUUCCCAUCUUCCUGAUCACCGUCUCAACAGGGGUGUGGGCCUUUUUCACAGCUGGCGGUUCGCUGCGCAACAUCCUGGCCUGCCUCUCCUGCAGAGAGAAAGAGAACGGCCACGUUAUGGUGUAUUCUGAGCUGCAGCUCCCUACGGAGGACUGAGCCCCUGCCCCUUGGAUCCUGGCAGUCGGAUGCUUCCUAGAAAAGAUGAGAUAAUCUCCACACCACCGGGCAUGGCUCUUCAUCUGGGACAAGGGCUCCAGAGCUGAUCAGAUGAUUGAAGCUCCUGCCUGGCCCUGGGAAGGCAGAAGACGCUCCUUGGCCCCAAAGAUGGCUUGGAGGGCAGGAAGGCUAACUCUGUGCCUUGGCUGGUGGCUGGGAACCCUAACCCCUUCCUCCAACUCUGCUUGUUUUCCUUUGCUUCUGUUUUUUGCCCUGGAAGAUGGACACUCGGGUUCUCCUGGAGAGCUGAGCAAGCCCCAGUCCCUUACGAUGAACGACUCCCAGACCGUGUUCCCUAGUGGAUUCCGCUGGAUUCGUAACACGGCCGGAGGUUUUGUGGGCUAUGGCUGAGCUCUCCAUGUGCCAACAAAAUCCCUUUGUUCUCAGCCUGAACUUUUCCUUCAUCCACUGGGGAAUCCGGUGUAUGGGGCACUGGACCUGGUGAGGCGCAAGCGCACCAUCUGCUGGCUAGGAGGUGCCGCUGUAUCUGUAGGGACACACAAAAGGCCCUUUCUUGCUCUAUUUUUUAUAU